AUAAUCCUCGUAAUGGGAAUGACCGGCGCGGGGAAGAGCUAUCUGAUCAGGGAUAUAUCCGGCCAGGAUGUCGAAGUUGGAGAUGAUCUAGAAUCAUGCACUCAGAACAUUGAGCCGAUAACCUGCGAGAUUGAUGGCGAGCUAGUCACUAUCUUGGACACGCCUGGAUUUGACGACACCAAGCGUUCUGACACCCAGGUUCUAACUGAUGUGGCUGAAUACCUCGCCGUGCUCUACUCAGGCGACUAUAAAGUCUCUGGCAUUAUAUAUCUCCACAAUAUUGCAGAAACUCGACUCCGUGGCAGCAAUGUCAAGAACUUGGAGAUGUUUGAUAGACUCUGUGGCAAGGACGCAUAUGGCAAUGUUGUGAUGCUGACAAGAGGUUGGGGUUUGCAAACAACUCCAUCUGCACUCAAAAGGGAGUUACAGCUCAAAGACAAGCACUGGCGUGAUUAUCUGGUUGAAGGCUGCAAGUUGGAUCGAUACCAGGACCGCGAUGACCUCAUUCGAAUCUUCAAGGCAAUGCUUUGUAACAGGCCCGUAGCGCUCAAGAUCCAGCAAGAAAUGGUUGUUGAGAGGAAAGGAUUGCUCGAGACUGCAGCAGGACAGCACAUAAACCAAGAGCUAAUAAUUCAAAAGAAGGCUUUUGACGAGGAGCUGGCAUCAAUUAUUCGACGUUACGAC